GCAUUGUUUAGAGGAGGCGUUGGCCUAGGUCUCUCCAACGACACUAAAAAAUCUUUCUGAGCGAAGCACGUUCACGCAUGAGAUAAAAAGCUGUGCGGAAGGCCUUUGUAAUUAGUGCUUGCGUUCCAAAUAGCUGGCCAUGUCGUCUGAGCGGUACAGCUUUUCUCUUACCACAUUCAGCCCCUCGGGGAAGCUUGUGCAGAUCGAGUACGCACUGGCUGCCGUGGCUGCCGGUGCGCCCUCGGUGGGCAUUAAGGCGUCCAACGGCGUGGUGCUGGCCACCGAGAAGAAGCACAAGUCCAUCCUCUACGAAGAGCACAGCAUUCACAAAGUGGAGAUGAUCACCAACCACAUCGGCAUGGUCUACAGCGGCAUGGGGCCAGACUACAGGCUGCUGGUGCGCCGUGCACGCAAGUUGGCCCAGCAGUACGAGCUGAUGUACAGUGAACCCAUCCCAACCUCCCAGCUGGUGCAGAAGGUUGCUUACAUCAUGCAGGAAUACACGCAAACAGGGGGUGUGCGGCCCUUUGGUGUGUCUUUACUGGUUGCUGGCUGGGACAAUGGCCGGGGCUAUGUCUUCCAGUGUGAUCCAUCGGGUGCCUACUUCCCUUGGAAGGCUACUGCCAUGGGCAAGAAUCAGAUGAGCGGCAAGGCGUUUCUGGAGAAACGCUACAGUGAAGAACUGGAACUUGAAGAUGCUGUGCACACUGCCAUCUUGACUCUUAAGGAGGGCUUUGAAGGCCAGAUGACUGCUGACAAUAUUGAAGUUGGGCUGUGCGAUGCUGCUGGCUUCCGUCGCCUAUCGCCCGGAGAGGUGAAAGACUAUCUGGCCAACAUUGCCUAGCCACUCUGUAUAAAACAAGUCAUCAGCACUAGUUUCCUUGUUGGUAUUUGGUUGGCAACUGCUAUGCAGUAGGCAAGUGGAUGCAAAACAAGGUUCCUUCAAAAUUU